AUGGGGGUUCUUAAUCUCGAAGAUCAGCUUUCUUUCUACAUGGCCUACCACCACAACGAGGUCAACGUCCGCAUCCACACAAUCUGCGUCCCUCUAAUCUUGUUCACCUCCUUCCUCGUCGCCGCCAACGUCGAGCUCCCAAUCUCCCUCUUCGCCAACUCGUACGACAAGUACCUCAACCUCGGCGUCCUCGGCAGCUUCGGCUACACAGUCUUCUACAUCCUCCUCGACCCCUACGUCGGCACCGCCGUCGCGCCCAUCGUCUUCGGCUCCUCCCUCGUCGUCACAGACCUGCUUCUCGACUACGGCAGACUCGCAAACAUCGUCGGCGGCACGAUCCUCGCCAUCAGCUGGAUCCUGCAGUUCAUCGGCCACGGCGUGUACGAGAAGCGCGCGCCCGCGCUGCUGGAUAAUCUCGUGCAGGCGCUCGUGCUCGCGCCGUUCUUUGUCACGUACGAGUUUGUGUUCAAGUACGGGUUCCGCAAGGAUCUUGAGAAUCGUCUCGAGGCGAGGGUUAGCGAGAAGAUUAAGGCGCUUGAUGCGAAGAAGUCGGGGAAGAACUAG